GUAGAACGGUACUUCUUCACUUGUGGUGUGUUUGUGGCCAUGUGCCAUGCAUGCAAAGCUCAGCAAGAAGCGCUCAAGGAGGAAAAAAAACAAGGCGCUGAUUCUUGAUGAAGAGGCUGGUGAAGAAGAUGACGUGUCACAAGAUGAAUGGAAACUUGGGAAAGGCAUUUUGCUGCUUGCGCUGGCGGCCGGAUUUACCUUGGCCUCGCUUCUGGUCAAACCCCCCUGGCGUUCACUGGGUGACGAGCGUGACAAGCGUGACGAGUGGCGUUCGAAGGAGGCCUUUGGAGGUGCUGCCAGUGUCGCGGUGUCAGAAGAUUGGCCGCGUGAAGAGCCAGAGCCUUUUUCGCCGCCGAGUGGGCCACUGAGUGGGCCGAGUGUGGAAAAGGCGGUGCAGUUCCAAAAGGUGAAGGUGCUGUCGGGCUCCAGCGAGCGUGCCGGCUCGCGGGAGCCGGGGAAUUUGCAAGAUCCACGGAUUGUGUGGAUCCAUUUGCACAGCUAUGGGGGCACCACCAUCUGCGAUCUGGCUCGUGCGCAUGGAGAGAAGGUCUCUCCGGCCAAAGACAAUUGCAACCUCAUGCCCGACGGCUGUUCGACACCAGCGCAGUUUCGCAUUGGCUGCUUGAAGCGUUUGCAGAGCAUGCAAUACACCUUCACGGCAGUGGAGCGGUCCCUGGACGAGGAAGAUCUCACCUGCUUGGGUGAAAGGAGGAUGCUCUUUGGGUUAAUGUUGCGGGAUCCGGUGGCGGGCAUCAAAUCGACCUUGAUCGGGAAUCAACUGGAGAAGGGCCUGAUGUUGCAAGCUCUCCGCAGCCGAGUGGUGCCCAGGAACCUUGCCUUCCAUUUCUGCCUCCCGCCCUUCGACACCUACCAACACUUGGACAACUUUGCCGUUCGAACCUUGAGUGGCGCUUACGAUCAGCCGCCGGGAGGGAUGAGUAUGGCUCACUUGGAGAGAGCCAAAGGCGAUGAACGCAUGCGGAACACCUUGGGUGGGCAAGAAGUGGUAGAAAGAUGUAGAAAGAGAAAGAGAGUUCUUCAAGAGAGUCGAAGAGUCGCAGAUGUGGUGACUGUAGAGUUGUAGAUGAGCUGUAGAGUUUGGUGAGCUGCUUGCCUCAGGCAGCUUUCGGGGUGACUGUUGGGAUGGAUGUCGACUUUGAUCGCCGACCGGCGAUCAUCGUGGGACUCGGUGCCACAGGGGUCGUCUCCAAGCUAGAUGUGGUUCUGAUCAUGGAGGAACUUCAAGAACAUCUUCCGCAGCUGCGUGCCAUCUUCGGAUGGGAUGUGGACCUGAAGCAAAAUCCUUGGCACUCGCAUUGGCAUCGCAUCCCCAAGAAUGUCUUCAGCCCUGAAGAGGCAGCAUUUCUCAGGCAAGCCAAUGACUUGGAUUACCAGCUUUAUGAAUAUGCUCGCACGGUGGCACGCCAGCUGACUGCCCAAGCAGCCCCCAAAGUGGGAAGCAGUGGGACAUGAGGACCUGGCACGUGAUGUGUCCGCGCGGUUUCGGGUGUUUUAGAGGUGGAUCGACUUCCCCCGAUCGAAAGCUCUGAAUG